AUUUUUCUUUCAUAUUUCCCAUCGGCAUCGGGUCAGUAAUCCUCCGAUCGUGGAUAAACUCGGAGGUGUAGAAACCGUUUAACUCCACUGCAGUUCUCCCAUCCCAAAAACUAAUCCACAAAACCACGUGAAAAAUCCAAUCGAAUAACUGAAACACCAAAAAAUGAGUGAGAGAGUGAAAUUCACGUGCACCAGUGACAGAUAAUUAAUCUCCUCUUGAAUUUUUUCCCCAAAAAAAAAAAAAAAAUUCAGUUACGACACGACCCGGGGGAAAUCAUCGAGGUCAACAACAUAAAAAAAAAUGAUGUCGAGUGGGAAUUUUGAGGAGCACGAGAGAAUGAUCAGCCUCAUUCAGGAUCUUGCAGAUUUGCCGUGCACUGUUGUCCAGCAGAAUUUGAAUAAUUACAUUCAAUCAAAAACUCAAGCAAAAUUAUCAUUCCUGGCUCCAAUUCUCCCUGAGACUGAGGAGAUGGUAAUCAACGUUGUGGGUGAAAAAAUACUUGACAGAGGUCUGAGGUUUCCAGUAAGCCAGUCAAACGUUUGUAAUCACAUACUCCACAAAACCGUGAAGACCCGCAGAUCGUUGACAGUCAGUGCUAUCGAAUUAGAUCAGGAAUUGCUCCAGCAUUUGUACUCUGUUAUUGAUCCAGUUCCAGACCGAUUUCUGAGUGUACCAAUUAAGCACCCAGUUAAACAACACAUUGCCCUAGUUGUUUGUAUAAUUGAUUAUCCGAACGACAAAGACAUCGAAGAGAAUUGUACGAAAAUCAUCGAGGAGUGCUUCAGAUAUUGUCUCGGACUCUUGCUGAGUACCCUUAGGUGUCAAGAGGAGACACGAUUAAAACUGCAGUGUCAGGAUCUCCUCAUUGUGUCUAGAAAACUCUUCAUGCAUUUGGGUGACUUGCCUGAUUUAUUGAGAGAGAUAAUGGUAAAGGCCAGGAAACUAACAAACGCCGAAAGAUGUUCAUUAUUUUUACUUGAUCAUGAGCACCACGAGCUCGUUGCUAAGGUCUUCGAUGGUGUUUCAACGAGUGAUGAAAUGAGAAUCGCAUUGGGUCAGGGAAUAGCUGGGCACGUUGCCACCUCUGGGAACUUGCUCAAUAUUCGGAAUGCAUACGAACAUCCACUUUUCUACAGUGGAAUUGAUGAAGCAACAGGAUUCAAAACGCGGAAUAUCUUGUGUUUUCCUAUUCGUGAUGAGAAUGGAAUUAUUGGGGUUGCUCAGUUAUGCAACAAAAUGAACGGAUUAUACUUUGAUGUAUGCGACGAGGAAGUUGCAACGGCUUUCAGCAUUUAUUGUGGAAUAUCCAUAAUGCACAGUAUUGUUUACAAAAAAAUUCAGGACUCCCAAGCGAGGAGCAAACUCAGCAACGAAUUGAUGAUGUAUCACAUGAAGGUGGAAGAGGAAGCAGUCCAGGCGUUACUAAACUGCAGGGAUGAUCACAGCCCCAAGGACUUCGACAAGUUUCAUUUUCCCCCGAGAAAUAUCCCUCAUCAGCACACACCAUGUUACGUACUUAAAAUGUUUGAUGAGCUGGAUCUCAUAAGGUCGUGGAAGAUAAAACGAAAAACAUUAGCAAGAUUUAUCUUGUAUGUUAAAAAAGGAUACCGAGACGCUCCAUAUCAUAACUGGAUUCAUGCCUUUUCCGUAGCCCACUUUGCCUAUCUUAUGAUAAAAAACUUGAAUUUAGUGGAGGAUAAGUACUUCACACGUCUCCAGGCACUUGUUUUUCUAGUGUCUGGGCUGUGUCACGAUAUAGACCACAGAGGGACCAAUAAUUCAUUCCAAACUCAGUGUGGAACUGUUCUUGCCAGUUUGUAUAGUUCAGAGGGCUCUGUUAUGGAGAGACAUCAUUUAGCACAGUCCAUGUGCAUUCUCAACACCGAAGGGUGUAAUAUUUUUGAAAAUCUUGCCAGCGAUGAGUACAGCGAGGCACUGGAUUUGCUGAGAAAUAAUAUUUUAGCCACUGAUUUGGCCUCACACUUCAGGACCAUGGAUGAGCAGGAUGAAAUGGUAAACAGUGGUUUCAAUAGAGAUGAUCUGGGACAUCAGAAGCUCCUGCAUGCUAUGUUUAUGACGUGCUGUGAUAUCAGUGAUCAGACGAAAGAUUGGAAGACUUCAAAGAAAACUGCUGAACAAAUUUACGACGAAUUUUUCUCCCAAGGUGACUUAGAAAAAAGCAUGGGAACAGCACCAAUAGAGAUGAUGGAUCGGGAGAAAGCCUCAAUACCUGAUCUCCAGGUCCAAUUCAUCACAAAUUUAGUCUUGCCGUUAUUUACGAAUUUAUCAGCAUUAUUUCCAGUUGCCAAUUGCCUCGUUGAAUCUAUAAAAAGAAAUAGGUGCAUUUGGCAAACAGCAAUUCCAAUAUUCCACAAGUACAGCGAGCAAGGGAUCAAGGGCAUGGACAUUCUUCUCGACGUCAAUAUCGAGGAGGAAAUUCUAGCUGCCUAUCGGUUGCAGAGUUCCACAGAUUAGUUUAGUAGAAUCAAAGAAAUUGACAGCAUGGAGUACACAAAGAUAUAAAUUAUUUAUUAAGUGACGAGUAAUGAGACAGUGCUUAAUUACGAUUUUAUUUACUUUAAAUUGAAAUGGAGACAGUUGGGGUUAUUGUGAUAGAUAUCUGAGGAUUGUUAUAGAAUUAUUUCUAGUAAACGCAGACGUAGGUUUGAAGUGCGCUGGCGCCUUUCCUAUUGUACAAAUUUUAAUAGUUGGGGUAUAGUAGAUUAAAUUGUCUCGAGUAGAACAAGGAGAUCGAUGGUUUCUGUGGGUAAGUACGUCAAGGGAACAGUUGAAAGAUACUUUUUAUGCUCACAAACGUCUCUACAACCAAGGUCUCUUUAUAUUUAUUUGUCAACGCCAGUGGUUCAGGAAAUAAUUUACAAUUGAUAAAUGAUGAGUCAAAAUUUACACUUGAGAGGUACGAAAAAUUAGUAUGAAUAAAUUAUAGCCGAAUCGUUGCAUGUGGACAAGUUUGUUGCAAUUACGAAAGAACUAUUUUUAAUCUGGAAAACUGGUAGUUUAUAAAGAGACGAAUUCUACCGGGAAAAAUUCUUUGAUAACUCUAAAUGAAGGCCAUCGUGUCGAUUACGUUUGCAAAGUAAUCGCCGAUUAAUAGUUAUGGGAGUUAUUACUGGCUUUGACAAAAAAUUUUGGGAGAUUUUUUUUAAAUGGGGGAAAUUAAGCCAUUAGCUUCUCGAAGUAGUCUCCACUAAAUUUUACUUAUUGAAAAAUUGUCAAAGAUACUCAGGAGUGAGAUAGGUUUUUAAUAAAAUUUAAUGAAUACCUAGCAGGGAAUGAUAAUCAAAUUCCUCCGGGAACACACUUCGAAAAGUCUGCAAGGGAAACAAGUUUUUUUGGCACAUGUAAUUUCCAUUAUCUAGGAUAAAUCUUCUUAUUCUACUGAAUGGAAAUUUUUAGAGAUGAAGUAUGCACUCUAGAGCGUAUCUAACAGCUUCGUUAGAGCACCGUAUUUGAUCAGUAUUGAGAAGCCAAAAUCGAGUGUAAUUGUGAUCAAUACUCACAAUAAAUUUUACAAUAUGAGAAA